CUGCUUCGUCUUUUUCAAUUUGCGACUCAUGGCUAUUCUAACUGUUGCAGAAGCGCCUUCUGCCAGGUCAGAACACAAAAUGUCAUGUCAAAAAUCGGACAUCAAGGUGUCCACAGACACAAAUGAUACAAUUGACAUAGAACAUGCUCCGGUCAAUGACGACCCCCGUCAGUGGAGUCGUACCAGAAAGACGAUGACUUUGUGCAUCGUGUCACUGGCUACAGUGGUGUCCACAUUAGCCUCUAAUAUUCAAAAUCCCUCGAACCUUCUGAUAGAGGAGGAUUUGCAUGCCACAAGUAGCCAGAUUAGCUGGACAUUAGCGGCGUUCCAACUCAUACAAGGGAACUUUCCGCUGUUGUGGAGCGCCGCAAGUGAGAUCAAAGGCCGUAAGCCCGUCUAUUUGGUGGCUUCAGCUAUAUUCGUGAUAGGAAAUGCUGCCUUGGCGCUCUCAAAGACCAUCAAUAUGAUGAUCGGUAUGCGAGCACUUCAAGCUGUAGGUUCCUGCGCUGUUAUUUCUAUUUCGGCUGCAACCCUGGCUGAUAUUUACGAGCCUCACGAGCGCGGUACUAUGAUGGGCAUAUUCUAUGCUGCACCUCUCGUAGGACCCGCACUCGGCCCCAUACUUGGUGGAUCGUUGUCACAAGCCUUCGGCUGGCGUGCAAGUUUCUACUUUCUGCUAAUCUGUGGAGGGAUAAUCUUCUUGUCCUUCCUCAUCCUUUUCAAGGACACGCACCGGCGUGAACGAAGUCUCACAUAUCGCUCCGCUUUACGGCGACUUUAUACAUCCAGAGAACCCAUUCAGAGCUCCAGCAAGUCUAUUAUCACCGCGCACGGGUUCAGCAAGGACCAAACAUUGGUCAAGGACACCGAGAAGCAGCUCCAACGGCUGGAUGUUCCAGACGAUAAAUUAGUGGUAGCUUCAACACUUGGGCUGGACGAAGUCAGGUUAUCAAUAAAGGACAUUGACCCCUUCCGGCCAUACUUUCGAAUUCUGUCACGAAAGAACAAUGUUCUAAUUCUCACCGCUAAUGGGCUCGUAUUCGGUUUUACCUCUUGCCUUUCAUACACGUGUGCCCGCACUCUGGCAAACGCAUAUGACUAUGAUGCGUUGAGUGUUGGCGUGGUCUUGCUUUGCUUGGGCAUAGGAAGCAUCACUGGGAGUGUGAUUGGUGGGCGUUGGUCUGACCGGGUGCUUGCAAAGAUGAUGGGGGCGAAUGGAGGAAAGUGGUGUGCAGAAAUACGCUUGGAGAGCUCGUUAUUGGGGAUGCCGUGGCUACCUCCGGCUGUUAUCGGUUAUGCUUGGGUGUGCGAAAAGCAUGUCAAUGUUGCUGUCAUUUGCGUCAUGCUCAUUCUGAUUGGAUUUUCCUCCACAUGGAUGUCUACUAGUUUGUUGGCAUAUCUUGUUGAUGCCAACCCUGGUCGCUCGUGUACAGCAGUAGCUACAAACAGCUCGUUUCGGGGAUCCCUGGCUUUUGUUUCUGUGAUCACUGCUGUGCCGCUUCAAAAUACUUUAGGAGAUGGCGGAUUGUAUACUGUUUGGGCUGGCAUCCUGAUUGUGACGCAGUUAUUGGUUAUAUUGGUAUUGCGCAAGGGAGAAUCGUGGCGCAAGGAAGGUGAGGAGCGUGAGCUAAAAUGCUAAGUGAAUGAAUCUCGUGUUACA